ACCACAGUCAUCGUCGCUCCGCCAAGAGCAAAGCCAACUAUUAGCUGUGAUCAACAAGUAGGUUCAGGAGGAAUCGCUUCGCUUCGAGGAAUUUAUUUUAUUUUAUUUUAUUUUUUUUUUCUUGUCCGAGAACCUAGACGUUGGGUGCUGUUCUGUUGUUGGUGAUCGGGUCAACUCGCGAGCCUGCGAUAGUUCGUUACACCUACAUGGUUCGCAUCAUUGACUUCAAAAGUUUUUAAAAUCGUCGUUGAAUUGCGGCAAACAAUGGCUGUAGAUUUAUAUUACGUUCUGGCCAGUCCCCCUUGUCGCGCUGUUUUGAUGGGCGCUAAACUCAUAGGGAUAGACUUGAACCUCAAACUCGUAGAUAUCAGCAGAGGGGAGCAAAUGAGUCCCGAAUUUUUGAAGAUAAAUCCACAGCAUACCGUGCCUGUUCUGGACGACAAUGGAUUCCGCUUGAAUGAAAGUCGAGUAAUGCUGACGUAUUUGUCCGAUAAAUACGGCAAGGAUGAUUCGCUGUAUCCGAAAGAUCUCCAGAAAAGAGCUAAAAUAGAUCAGCUAUUGUACUUUGACUUGGAGAAGAUAGCCACUCCGAAAAGGGAUUAUUUCAAGCAGCAUGUUCUUGGUGAUUUACCCGUAGACGAGGUGAAGUUCCAACAGAUUACAAAGAAUUUCCCGUUCUUGGAACAAAUACUGGAUGGAGCGGAGUUCGUGGCAGGGGAUUCGCUAUCUGUUGCUGAUGUCACUCUCGUGGCCGACAUUGCCAACUAUGACGUGGUUGGCAUUGAUUUAAAAAAAUACCCGAAUAUCGACCGGUGGUACACAAAGUGUCAGCAAGUCAUCCCGGAUUACGAAGAAAUCAACGGAAAAGGAGCCGCCCAGUUCAAAAGAUUCUGGGAUUUUUUGAUCUCCCAGAAAAAGUAGAGGUAGAAACUGAAGAACUUUGAAAAGAUAGGAAAAAUAACAGAUAGGAACCAAGAAAGCCUUAUUUGUAGGAGAAAAUCCGAGUUGAGAGAAGUUUCCAGCUUACGACUACGACUUGUCAGCUACCUCGCUUUUUGAGUUUUUGCCUAGCAUUCAAAAUAAAGAAACUGAGAAAAAGCAUUUUUGUGUGUGAAAAUAGGAAUUAAACACAGGGGGUCACUAGUCGUCGUACCUACCUCGCUUUUUACCCAGCAUGCAAAAUCGAGAAAA